AUGAACGGCACUUCAAAAUCAUCGUAUGGUAAUUGUGAUACGUGCGAUCAACCACAAACUGACAACGGAUGGUGUUCUGUGUGCCAAACUAAAAUAUUUCAAGAGAAUUUUAUAAAUUGGACAAGCGGUAAUCAAAAAAUUGAUGAACUAAUCCAGGAGACGCAAAUUAAUCCAAUCAACCCUGGUCGAAUAUUGGAAUGGAUACCAUAUGAAAAGAUUAAAAUCGUGAAAAAAAUAGGCAAAGGUGGCUUUAGCACUAUUUAUGAAGCAAUUUGGAUUGAUGGCCCAAUAGUUUGGGAUGGUGUAAAGUUGAACAGAAAAUCUAAUUGUAAAAUUGCUUUGAAAAAUUUGGAUACUUCAUCUGAAUCUUUGAGUGAUGAAUACUUAAAUGAGUUAAAACUUCAUUUACGUUGUAAUAAUUCAGGUCAAUUAAGUCUCAAAUUACCAAAUACAACAGGAAUUUUAAACGAUGUUAAGAAAGACAAUGAAUUGAUUGGUCCUCUUAUUGAAGCUUUCCCUUGUUUAUACAUGCUUUCGGAUUUUUAUCCUUUACUUGAACCUUAUAGAACACUUAAGAAUCCAAUAGACAAUAAAAUAUUGUAUAAAUUUUUAUUACCUUUAACUGAUCUUAUGGUGGCUGCAAGAGCUUCAAAUAUUUACUCUAUGCAUGCUAGUACAUUUGGUCGCUACUUAAAUGCAUGUCAUCUUUUUUUAAAUAAAAACAUAGAUUGA